AUGGGUCAACAUAAUAGUAGCCAAGAAAAAGAGGGAGAAAGGGAAUUAAUGAGGCGCCAUAAAAUUAAUAAGAGCGAACUUGAAUCUUUGAGGAAAUUAUUUCGUGAGCGGUGUGGUGGAAAAUAUAAAGCUCUGACAAAAACAAAAUUUCGAGAGGUUUACAAUGAGUUGUUUCCUGGAAAAUCCACUCAGUAUGCAGAUGAGAUGUUCCGAUUGUUCGACAUGGACGGUAACGGAAAGGUGGAUUUUGUGGAAUUUGUAAGGAACAUCUGUAUGUGUGAUAGUGACGAUAUAGAAGAGAAAAUAGAGAUAGCUUUUGCUUUAUAUGAUAAAGAUAACAGUAAAACAAUAACACAGACGGAAGUAAGGAACAUGUUAGAGGCUUAUACAAAUAUGCUUGGUGUUCCAUUGGAAGGUGGAAAAACAGGAGCCCAAAUCGCCAAAGAAUUCUUCGCAGAAAUGGAUGCUGACGGUGAUAAAUCUGUAACAUUUGAUGAAUUUCAAUACGCAGCGAGACGAAAUUCUGCAAUCCUAAGUAUAGUUAAUCCUAAACCUCCAAACUGGGUAGACUAGAUUGUCUGGAAAGUCUUUGGCGCCACUGAUGUGUUUGCUAUGACAGAUUUUAGAACUUAAAUGUUUAAACAAACCGUGAGUGUCCGUGAAACAAAUACACAUGUAAGAGUUUGUUUAACGUUAAAGUCUCCUCGAUCAUUCGCCAUGUCUUUAUAUAUAUGUUAUAGAAAAUUUAAUUAACAUUUUCAAGAUAUAUUAAACAGAAAUAUCAGGAGUUAUAAUGUUGAUGUGAAAUACUACGUAACUUCUUAAUUUCCUAUGCAUGUUGAGAGUUCAGUUUGAUUAUAAUUUUGCAUCGUAUAAGCCUGAAUUCUUCUUAAAUGUUUUACUGUAA